AUGGAAAUGCAGGAUCUAGCCAGCCCGCAUAGCCGACUAAGUGGUAGUAGUGAAUCCCCCAGUGGUCCAAAACUUGAUAACUCUCAUAUAAAUAAUAAUUCCAUGACACCCAAUGGCACAGAAGUUAAAACAGAACCAAUGAGCAGCAGUGAGAUUGCUACUACUACUACCACAGACGGGUCUUUAGACAAUUUCUCAGGAUCAGCAAUUGGAAGCAGUGGUUUCAGCCCAAGACAAACACAUCAGUUCUCCCCACCACAGAUUUACCCUUCCAACAGACCAUACCCACAUAUUCUUCCUACCCCCUCUUCACAAACGAUGGCUGCGUAUGGACAGACACAAUUUACAACGGGGAUGCAACAAGCUACAGCUUAUGCCACCUACCCCCAGCCCGGCCAACCUUACGGAAUCCCUUCGUAUGGUGCAUUGUGGGCAGGCAUCAAGACAGAAGGUGGAUUGGCACAGUCACAGUCACCUGGACAGACAGGAUUUCUAAGCUACGGUGCCAGCUUUAGCACACCUCAACCUGGACAGGCUCCCUAUAGCUACCAGAUGCAAGGCAGCAGUUUUACAACAUCAUCAGGAAUAUAUGCAGGAAAUAAUUCCCUCACAAAUUCUACUGGAUUUAAUAGUUCACAGCAGGAAUAUCCCUCUUAUCCCAGUUUUGGCCAGGGUCAAUAUGCACAGUAUUAUAAUAGCUCACCAUAUCCUUCACAUUACAUGACAAACAGCAAUACCAGUCCAACGACACCCUCCACAAAUGCAACAUACCAGCUUCAAGAACCACCAUCUGGCAUCACCAGUCAGGCAGUCACAGAUCCUGCAGCAGAAUACAGUACAAUCCACAGUCCAUCAACACCCAUUAAAGAUUCAGAUUCAGAUAGAUUGCGUCGUAGUUCAGAUGGGAAAUCACGUGGACGUGGCAGAAGAAACAAUAAUCCUUCACCACCACCUGACUCUGAUCUAGAGAGAGUAUUCAUUUGGGAUUUGGAUGAGACAAUCAUCAUUUUCCAUUCCUUGCUUACAGGGUCCUAUGCCAACAGAUAUGGAAGGGAUCCACCCACCUCUGUCUCUCUUGGACUCCGAAUGGAAGAGAUGAUUUUCAAUUUGGCGGACACGCAUCUAUUCUUUAAUGAUUUAGAAGAAUGCGACCAGGUUCACAUUGACGACGUGUCUUCAGACGACAACGGUCAAGAUUUAAGCACCUAUAACUUCGGAACAGACGGCUUUCCUGCGGCCGCCACCAGUGCGAAUUUGUGCCUCGCGACGGGGGUGCGCGGAGGAGUGGACUGGAUGCGAAAAUUGGCUUUCCGCUACAGACGAGUAAAAGAAAUAUACAAUACCUACAAAAAUAAUGUUGGAGGUCUUCUUGGUCCAGCAAAAAGAGAGGCUUGGUUGCAACUAAGAGCAGAAAUUGAAGCUUUGACAGAUUCUUGGUUAACACUUGCACUGAAAGCACUCACCCUUAUUCAUUCGAGGACAAAUUGUGUGAACAUUCUCGUAACAACUACUCAGCUAAUUCCAGCUCUGGCGAAAGUCUUGUUGUAUGGACUAGGGGUUGUAUUUCCCAUAGAGAAUAUUUACAGUGCAACUAAAAUAGGAAAGGAAAGUUGUUUUGAGCGAAUAAUUCAAAGAUUUGGAAGAAAAGUAGUGUAUGUUGUUAUAGGGGACGGUGUCGAAGAAGAACAAGGCGCAAAAAAGCAUGCUAUGCCAUUUUGGAGGAUCUCGAGCCACUCUGACCUUAUGGCCCUUCACCAUGCCUUGGAACUGGAGUACUUGUAG